GUGCGGUUGCCUAGGUGGCGCCGAAUGCGGCGCGGAAACUGAACUGCUUGGCGGAGUGGCGGUUAACUGUUUGGAUUCGUUGUGCUCGGCAAGCUCUCUCGAGACUAACGGCGAAUAUUUUCCUGUAGGAGUCACCGAACUAAGGAAGGAAAGAAACGAGAAUUUUAUUAAAGUCUAUUUGUGUUUAUUAACGUUUGUCACAAGCAACAGGAGCCUGUCGAGCGGAUCUGCUGGAAGGAAACCGAUCUCUUGUUUUCACCCAGGCCUCUUUUACUGACAGCCUGUUAUCAUUUUUAGUUAUUUAUUUAUUUUUGGUUAAAAAAAAAAUCGAGUUUGGAAACAAGGAAUAAACACUCGAGACCAGCUUUAAAACCACCAGAAUGACUUCCGUGUCGGAAGAUCCAACUUUUGAAAGGCAUUUCAAAGGUCACAGAGAUACCGUUACAUGUGUUGACUUCAACCCUAACCUGAAACAGAUUGCCACAGGGUCAAUGGAUUCAUGUCUGAUGGUCUGGAAUAUGAAGGCCCAGAUGCGAGCUUACCGUUUUGUUGGUCAUAAAGAUGCUGUCCUUUCAAUUCAGUUUUCUCCCUCUGGGCAACUUCUGGCCUCUGCGUCGAGAGACAAAACAGUGCGCCUUUGGGUUCCGAGUGUAAAAGGAGAAUCCACGGUUUUCAGAGCUCAUAUGGGGAGUGUAAGAAGUGUGAAUUUCUCCAGAGAUGGCGAGUUCUUGCUCACAGCCUCAGAUGAUAAAAGCGUCAAGGUGUGGACUGUGCAUAGACAGAAAUAUCUUUUUUCGCUCAGCCAGCACAUCAACUGGGUGAGAUGUGCCAAGUUUUCUCCCGAUGGCAGACUGAUAGUUUCAGCCAGUGAUGAUAAAACUGUUAAAAUCUGGGACAAAGCCAGCCGGGAGUGUGUACACACGUUUUAUGAGCACACAGGGUAUGCCAGUUACGUCGACUUUCACCCAGGUGGAACAUGCCUUGCAGCAGCCUGCACAGACAACACUGUCAAGGUUUGGGACAUUCGCAUGAACAAGCUCCUUCAGCAUUACCAAGUGCACAGCGCUGUUGUGAAUGGACUGUCCUUUCAUCCAUCUGGAAACUACCUGAUCACAGCAUCCAGUGAUUCCACCCUAAAGAUACUGGACUUGUUGGAGGGAAGACCUCUUUACACACUUCACGGCCAUCAGGGUCCAGCUACCUGUGUGGUCUUCUCGAGGGCUGGAGAUUACUUUGCAUCUGGUGGCUCGGAUGAACAGGUCAUUGUGUGGAAAACUAAUUUUGACAGCCUUGAUUAUGGAGAAGUACUUAGAUCAAAGCAAGGCUCAGCAAGUGUCACAACUUCCACCAUACCAGGGAUCCCAGCAAAGCAGCCACAAGUGACCUCCAUACAACCAUUAGAAGAAGAGGAUGUAUAUGUUCCAGAAUUCCAGGGUUUGAAAAUCAGAAAAGAACCAACCACUACCAUCUCAGGGUUCUGGAGAUGUGGUCUGCUCAACCUUCUACCUCCAAGCAGCCAUCUGAAGCCACAAUUCCUGAUGACUUGAGCAGCACACUUCAACAGAUUGUUGGUCAGUUGGAUGUGCUUACUCAGACGGUGGCUAUACUGGAGCAGAGGCUAACCCUGACAGAAAACCAGCUUCGAGAGUGCAUCGACAAUCAACAGAGGAUCACACUUCGGUUUCAGCAAACGGACUGAGCUUCACUUCACUUCCAGAGUUCCUCUCACUCACAGGCGAGUUACUGAAACUCAAAUGCAGCCAAAUGAAUUGGAAUAGAAACUGGAGGACUAAAACUGAAUUGAUACCAUGAUCAUAGCCCCAAAUGCCCCCUUUUAGGUGUCAUAGGAAUAAGCCUCAUUUU